GGUUGGUUUGACAAGAUGGCGGCGGCGGGGCGGCGCGGGCCCAGUCAUCGCGUACAGAGCGUCCCAGCUUCCAGCCCGGGAGCGGGUUUGUGAAGCGGGCCGCGCGAGCCCCAGGCAUGGGCUUGCCGCCGCCGGCCCCUCUGCUCUUGGGGCUUCUCCUUCUGCUGGGCGUCCUGAGGCCGCUGGGGGGGGGACCUGGGUUUUUCAUCCCUGCUUUCAUCCGUAUGACCGGCCCUGCUGUCAGCGCUUCCCUGGUCGGAGGCACCGAGGAUGUGACCGUGUCCCUGGCCUUGCUGCAGGACAAGGAGGGCUUAUUGCCAACCCCAGCUUGUGGAGCGCUGACCAAUGAGACGGGAGACUGGAGCUUGACUGUGACCCCCAGUGUGAGCGCGUUGGAUGUGACAGUGAGGCUGAAGAGGGGUCUGCAAGGGUGUUCCGCUAACGAGACAGAUCCCUUCUCAGAGCCCCCGUGUGUUGUCCAAACUCUUCUGGUUUCGGCAUCUCACAAUUCGUCCUGUUUAGCACAUCUGCUCAUUCGAGUGGAGAUUUACGCCAACUCUUCUUUGGCCCGGAAUGCAUCAGAGAAUGUGACUGUUAUUCCCAACCAGGUGUAUCAACCCCUGGGUCCUUGUCCUUGUAAUUUGACCGCUGGGGCCUGUGACGUCCGCUGUUGCUGUGACCAGGAAUGCUCGUCGGAUCUCACAGGACUGUUCAGAGAGGCCUGUUUCACCGGCGUUUUUGGAGGCGAUGUCAACCCUCUGUUUGACCAGCUGUGCUCCGCGCCGGGGGCGCCGGAGGCGCCGGAGGCGCCGGAGGCCCCGGGCUGGUUCCCGUUCCUGUGUGUGCAGUCGCCGCUGGCCAACUCGCCCUUCCUGGGCUACUUCUACCACGGCUCCGUUUCCUCUAGGCCACAGGCUUCUGCCGAAGUGUAUCUGCAUACUGAUCUGAGAGACUUCUCAGACUUCGGUUACAAACAAGGAGAUCCAAUCAUGACUGUCGACAAGGCAUAUUUUACCAUUCCGCAGGUGUCCCUGGCUGGGCAGUGCCUACAGAACGCACCGGUGGCUUUCCUUCAGAAUUUCGAUGUGCAGUGCGCCACUCGUUUGGAAGUAUCCCAGGAACGAGAUGGUAUUAUCAAUGCCAAGAUCAAGAAUGGUGUGCUGGGAGGCAUCGUUACACCAAGAGUAAUCUAUGAGGAAGCAACCGACCCAGACAAGUUCAUCACCAGGACAGAAACACUUUUAAGUAAUGGAUCGGCCCCCAGAAAUGUGAAUGUGGAAGAACAUUAUAUUUUCAGAUGGAAUAAUAAUACAAUCAGCGAAAUAAGUGUCAAAAUUAUUAGGGUAGCAAUCAAUGCUCACCAGAAAGGGAUCAUGACACAGAGAUUUACAGUAAAAUUUUUAAGCUAUAAUAGUGGUGAUGAAAAGGAAUUUUCUGGAAAUCCAGGUUACCAACUUGGCAAGCCUGUUCGAGCUCUAAAUGCCAACAGGGUGAAUAACGUGACGACUCUGCACCUUUGGCAAUCGGCUGGAAGGGGUUUGUGUACAUCAGCAACUUUCAAACCCAUUUUAUUUGGAGAAAAUGCACUAUCUGGAUGUCUUUUAGAAGUUGGGACCAGUGAAAACUGUACUCAGCUCAGGGAGAAUGCUGUUGAACUACUUGAUUCAUUAAUACAAGCAACUCAUGUUGCAAUGAGAGGCAACUCCAAUUACAACGAUCCUAGCGAUGGCUGGGUCGAAAUAAUACGCGCAGAUGCCCCCGACACAGACACAGGGGCAGACCCAUCGGUUAGUGUGAAUGGCAUCUGCACGGAUAUUCCUGCCCGGCUCAACGUCCGCAUCCUCAGCUCAGAUGCUGGUGCAGUGGAAGGGAUUACUCAGCAGGAGAUACUUGGCAUAGAGACAAGGCUCUCCUUAGUGAACUGGCAGUUCCAGUGUGGGCUUACUUGCGAAGAUAAGGCCGACCUUUUCCCUGUCAGUGCGUCCGUCCAGUUUAUUAAGAUACCUGCACAGUUACCCCGUCCACCAACAAGAUUCCAGAUCAAUUUUACAGAGUAUGACUGUAACAGAAAUGAAGUGUGUUGGCCACAACUUCUAUAUCCUGUGACCUGGUAUUAUCAAGGGGAGCCUUAUUCUCAGUGCGUGGCCAAGGGCUUACUAUUGGUAUCGUUUUUCAUGUUAGCUGUGUUCCUCAGUAGCCCCUGGGCCAGAACAUGCCAAGUGUGAAAUUUCAGCUACCAUCUGACUUCUUGCAGACCACAGACUUCAGUGAUUGGUUGUACUUCUGUGUACCUCUCUGUAAAAUUAUAAUAAAUGCAGCGCUUUA